GUGCGGGCUCCGGGAGAGCGUGGGCUGGAGGGCCCGGCGCGGGCUGGGGUCGGGGCCGGGGCUGGGGCCGGGGGCCGGGCCGGUGUGCGCCGGGGACGGACUGCAGCUCCGGCAGCCGCCAUGAAGCGGGACGUGCGCAUUCUGCUGCUGGGCGAGGCCCAGGUGGGGAAGACGUCGCUGAUCCUGUCGCUGGUGGGCGAGGAGUUCCCGGAGGAGGUCCCGCCCCGGGCAGAAGAGAUCACCAUUCCCGCAGACGUCACCCCAGAGAAGGUGCCCACUCACAUCGUGGACUCCUCAGAAGCUGAACAGACGGUGGAGGAGCUCCAGGAUGAAAUUCACAAGGCAAACGUGGUGUGUGUGGUGUAUGACGUCUCUGAAGAGGCCACCAUCGAGAAGAUCCGAACCAAAUGGAUCCCGCUGGUGAAUGGAGGGACCGAGAGGGGUCCCAGGGUCCCAAUCAUCCUAGUGGGCAACAAGUCGGACUUGCGGCCAGGGAGCUCCAUGGAGGCUGUCCUGCCCAUCAUGAGCCAGUUCCCUGAGAUUGAGACCUGUGUGGAGUGCUCGGCCAAGAACCUGAGAAACAUCUCAGAGCUGUUCUACUACGCACAGAAGGCCGUGCUGCACCCCACAGCCCCGCUCUAUGACCCCGAAACCAAGCAGCUGAGGCCUGCGUGUUCCCAGGCCCUCACGCGAAUCUUCAGGCUCUCAGACCAGGAUCUGGACCAGGCGCUCAGCGACGAGGAGCUCAACGCUUUCCAGAAAUCCUGUUUUGGGCACCCUCUGGCCCCCCAGGCCCUGGACGAUGUGAAGAUGGUGGUGCGCAAACACGUGGCGGGAGGCGUGCGGGACGACCGGCUAACCCUGGAUGGCUUCCUCUUCCUGAACACACUGUUCAUCCAGCGCGGCCGCCAUGAGACCACGUGGACCAUCCUGCGACGCUUCGGCUACGGGGACGCGCUCGAGCUGUCCCCUGACUAUCUCUUCCCUCCGCUCCACGUGCCCCCCGGCUGCAGCACGGAGCUGAACCACUUCGGCUACCAGUUUGUGCAGAAGGUGUUUGAGAAACACGACCAGGACCGUGAUGGCGCCCUCUCGCCGGCAGAGCUGCAGGGCCUCUUCAGCGUGUUCCCAGCUGCCCCCUGGGGCCCCCAGCUCCUGUACACGGUCCGCACCGAAGCAGGCCGGCUGUCCCUGCACGGGUACCUCUGCCAGUGGACCCUGGUGACCUACCUGGACGUCCAACGCUGUCUCGAACACCUUGGCUACCUGGGCUACCCCAUUCUCUGCAAGCAGGACUCGCAGGCACACGCCAUCACAGUCACCCGUGAGAAGACGCUGGACCAGGAGAAGGGACAGACGCAAAGGAACGUUCUCCUGUGCAAAGUGGUGGGGGCCCGAGGAGUGGGCAAGUCUUCCUUCCUGCAGGCCUUCCUUGGCCGUGCCCUGGGGCACCAGGACACCAGGGAGCCCUGCCAGGAGCCUGCCGUCUACACCAUCAACACAGUGCAGGUCAACGGGCAAGAGAAGUACCUAAUACUAUGUGAGGUGGAUGCAGACAGCCUACUGGCCACUGCGCCCGACGCCGCCUGUGACGUCACCUGUGAUGUCGCCUGCUUGAUGUUUGAUGGCAGUGACCCCCGGUCCUUUGCAUUCUGCGCCAGCAUCUACAAGCGCCGUUACAUGGAUGGGCAGACCCCCUGCCUCUUCGUCUCCUCCAAGGCUGACCUGCCUGAAGGUGUCGCGCUGCCUGGCCUGUCUCCAGCUGAGUUCUGCCGCAGGCACCGGCUGCCUGCCCCCACCCCGUUCUCCUGCGCUGGCCCAGCAGAGCCCAGCACAGCUGUCUUCACCCGACUUGCCACCAUGGCCACCUUCCCGUGGACACCUGGUCCAUGGGGAGCUGACCACCACCUCCUUCUGGCUCCGGGUGACACUGGGGGCUGUUGGGGCCGCAGUUGCCGCUGUCCUCAGCUUCUCACUCUACAGGGUCCUGGUGAAGAGCCGAUGAGGCGCCAGGGCUCUGCAGUCUGAUCUCAGGGCCCCAGGGUGCCAGUGGGGGGCCACUGCCUGGUGGGGCUUCCGUCUGUUGAAACUGCUUCUGAGGACAGCCUGCCCACUGCCCAGCCCUGGGGUGGGCCCCCAGGCCCCACCCCACCUCCGUGUCCUGCCCAGCAUUACCCACGUGUGGUCAGCGUGAUGUUGGAGGGACUACGGGGCGUGGGUGAGGAAGCCAGUGACCCCAGACCUGAAUUCUCAGGGCUCCACCCCUUCCUGGUCUCAGGUAGCCGGUGGGUACGAAGGAAAUCAGAGAGCAGAGCUUUGGGCCAAAGUCUGGGGGUGGGGCCAGGAAGUGGCUGGACCAUUGUGUGCCCGCUGCUCGUUGGGAGACGGUGCCAGACCUGCACCUCAUGAAGAUGGGAGGUGAGGCUCCUGAUUAAACUUCCGUCUUUUUCAUCUCGGACCCUACUUUCUGAA